GUUCAGGGAGUUUAUGCCUGAUAUGUGGGAGAGAAAAAAAAACGGUCAAUUUGACUGUUUCGUAGAAGCUCUCAGGAAAAUUGUACUAAAUGGUUCAUUUGCGUAGAGUUUUGUAGCUUUACCAAACCAACAUAGCGGCUAGCCCAGCUAGCAUUAUUUCAUGGCAUCUUUCCAACUCACCUUAUUUGUUGUGAUAUCUACAGCGAUUCAGCAGGUCCAGCUAACAAGCUAGCUCAGGGUUAGCAUAACUAGCUAACUGACGUUCAGUAGGAAACAUAGCUACCACAGAGAUAGCUAGGUGAACGUGCCGGGUGCUUGCUAACUUCUCUAAUUUCGUGCGUUCUUGCGAUUUAAUCGAAAUAGUUUCUCUGACGAACUUUUUUCUAGCCAACAAACAAUGCAUUUCUACAACAAGUCUUAAUGUUUAUUCCAUGAAUUUGACAAGAUAGCUAGCUAACUUUGCUGGCUAACACCGCCUGGCUAGCUUCAGCUUGCUCGUUUUUGGUAACGUUACUCUUUGUUUUGACAAAGGACUUGACAUUUUUUUCUUCCAUAUUUGGAAUAUACCUGGGACAUUUAGUAUUUCCGGGGCCAUGUCUCCCCAGAAGCACGGUUCUUCUGACGGCGGCAACAACGUAUCGGGUCCCGCUGUGGGAUACGUUGGCACCGGUGGCGGCAGAGCGAACGGCCGUGUCUACCACCACCAGACAACUGCAGUUGUGAUGCCCGCAGCCAAGAAGCCGAAAAUGGAACUGGUUCAAGCCGAUCAUGAGUUGUUCUUGCAGGCAUUUGAAAAACCGACCCAGAUCUACAGGUUUCUCAGAACAAGGAACUUGAUAGCGCCCAUAUUUCUGCACAGAACCCUCACCUACAUGUCCCACAGAAACUCCAGAACAAACGCCAAACGGAAGUCCUCCAGGGUGGAUCACCUGCUGUACAGAGUGGAGAAGAAGAGGGCUGAGCAGAAGGCACACAGCCUGGCUUCACACCUGCAACUCACCUUCACUGGGUUCUUUCAUAAAGUCGAGAAGUCAUCAGUAGCCUCAGAGAAUGAGCAGAACUCUGUUUCUCUAGAGGUGCUGCUGGUUAAAGUCUGUCACAAGAAGAGGAAGGAUGUGAGCUGUCCAGUGAAGCAGGUUCCUACAGGGAAGAAACAGGUGCCUCUGAACCCAGACAGCAGCACUCCCAGCAGUCAGCCCAAGCCGGGCUCCUGUCCUUCUCUGGUGGUGUCCAGUAGUGAGUUUGAUGCCAGCAACGGCCACACGGUUAAGUCCUACUCCCUGUUGUUCAGAGUGUCUGGACCAGGCAGGACGCAGCACAACGGAUUGGUCAAUGGACAGACCAAUGAGAAUAUAGAGGAUGUGUGUAACAGGAAGAAGAGAAGCUCCACCGUCAGACAAGAAGAAGUUGGAGAAACGACGUUCGUAGCUCAGAUGACUGUGUUUGAUAAGAACAGGCGUCUGCAGUUGUUAGAUGGAGAGUAUGAGGUGUCUAUGCAGCAGAUGGUGGACUGUCCUGUCAACAAGAAGAGAGCUACCUGGGAAACAAACCUGGAUGGAAAGCUCCUCCCUCCGUUUGAGACGUUCUCCAAGGGUCCUACUCUCCAGUUCACACUGCGUUGGACAGGCGAGCCCAGUGAUAGGUCGACGGCCCCUGUGGCCAAACCCCUCGCCACGCGGAACGCUGACGCUAGCAGCCUGACCUCCGACCCUAAGCCCUGCUCCCUCAGACCCACUCAGACCGUAGCUGUGAAAGACUCAUUCAGCAGUACAGAGUUUCAGAUGAGACAAGAACACACACUUGAGGAACCAAGUGACAAUCUACGCAUAUUCUACCAGUUCCUGUAUAACCACAACACACAGCAGCAGACCGAGGCUAGAGAUGACCUCCACUGUCCCUGGUGCACUCUGAACUGUAGGAGACUCUACAGUCUCCUCAAACACCUCAAACUGGCCCACAGCAGAUUCAUCUUCAACUACGUGCCCCACCCUAAAGGAGCGAGGAUAGACGUGUCUAUUAAUGAGCGUUACGACGGGGUGCACGCUGGGAAUCCUCGGGAUAUUCACAGUCAGCCCGGCUUCGCCUUCAGCAGGAACGGACCCGUCAAGAGAUCCCCCGUCACACACAUCCUCGUCUGCAGACCGAAGCGUCUCCUCCCCCCCAGUCUGUGUGAGUUCCUGGAGGCUGAUGGAGGAGAGGGAGACCAGCAGAGAAUCAUCCCAGGUCACAACCGCCUCUACUUCCGCUCAGACAGCUGUACACCCAAAACACCGCAGGAGGUAGAUCACGACAGUGAGGAUGAGACAGACCCCUUCUGGCUCCGAGAGAGGACCAUCAUGCAAAUCCAGGAGUUUACAGAUGUGAACGAUGGAGAGAAGGAGGUGAUGAAGCUAUGGAACCUUCACGUUAUGAAGUAUGGCUACAUAGCAGAUAACCAGAUGAACGGAGCCUGUCUGGCGUUUGUGGAAGGUUGCGGAGCGUACAUUGCCAGGAAGAACCUCUGUAGGAACUUCCUGUUACACCUGGUCAGCAUGCAUGACUUUAAACUGGUUACCACGACAACCAUCAACCAGGCCAUGACACGCCUCCGACACAUCCAGCAGACCCAGCAGCAGGAAGGAGGAGAGGGGGAUGGAGGAGAGUAUUGGGUGACAGCGCUGGAGUCUCCGUCUGAGCUGCAACCCGACUAUGCCACAUGUAAUGACGACCACACGGAUGGUAAGAGUAACCAUGGUAAUGGCCGCACGAACGGAAACGGCGAUGGCGAUGAAGCUGGUAGUUCUGUUGCUGUGGAAACGUCCAGGCCGAGCAAGAGGCAUAAGUUGUGAGGUACCCUCCGGCCCUCUCCUGGAGGAGUGAUGAGUAUCUAAAAGGAUGCCCGGUGAUUGGCUGAGUGGAGGAUGAAAAUAAUAAGAGAGACUCAUGAUGACAUCAUUCCAAACAAGCACUGGGUGUUGGGUUUACCGUAUAGAGGUGGUGGGCCAGAAUCAUUUAAGUCAAUUUGGACACACACGCACACACACACACACACACACACACACACACACAGUCCCACUGGUUAUAGCAGGGAAACCGUGGUCUAGUUUUUCCCCAUGUCUGGUUAUUCAGUCUUGCUUUGAUGUCAUUAGACUGAUGUUACAGUGACCAUGAGGUCUGUAAACUCAUCACUUUAGCAAUAACUUAGUCCCAACUGGCACCAUAUUCCUUUAUACUAGUGUGCACUACUUUUUUACCAGGCCCUGCUAUAGACUAGGGGAUGUACUUGUACAUCAAGCUGUCUGCUAUAGACUAGCAUUCUGUCCAAGGGAUGUACUUGUACAUCAAGCUGUCUGCUACAGACUAGGGGAUGUACUUGUAC